AAAAUGGCUUCCAGGAACAAUCGAGCCACUGAAGAUAUCGUGGAUGCUCAGAAUAGAGAGAUACACGAUCGAUUGUCCACUAAGGCCUCCUAUCUAAAAUCAUUAGCCUUUGAUAUGGAGAGUGAAGCCAAAGAUCAUCACAAGUUAUUGAAUGGCCUGGACGACGAUUUUGAUAGCACUGGAGGGUUCCUGGGCGGCACCAUGAAUCGAGUCAAGUACAUGAUGGCCUCUAACAAGAGCAACCGUAAACUCAUGCUAUACGUGUCCUUGGGAGUGGUCUUCUCAUUGUUCUUCCUGUACUUUGUCAUUCGAAAACUGUCCUCGUCGGAAUGAUACCAAGCAAAACAGAACCUGGGAGUGAAGAGAAAUAAUUUUGUAUUCUUUGUAAAUAACUGUACUUGACUUGCUAUUUUAUGAAUGAAGGUUUGUCAGAUUUAUAUAUUUUUUCCGAAAUACACAGAAAGCGUGGAUGCACUUGCAUACCUAUACACAUACACAAGUAUACACAGAUGCUCAUUGUACAUCAAGUAUAAUCAACAAUUUGAUACAUCUUGUUGCAG